AUGACAGGCCACACAGAAGAGGAGGCGGCACGCCCGUUUGGAAAAAAGUGCAGAGGGGAAAAGCAUGUGUCCUUUCCUCCUGACGAGGAGAUGGUGUCAGGCUUUGCUGAAAGCAGGGACACACAACGGGAUGGUGACAGUCUAACCUUGACAGAAAUUAUUUUGGCCUACAAGCAGAGCUGCGGAAAGCACAGAGUGGAGCCCAAAGCAGAGAUACAGGAACAAAUAAAGAAUAUUACAUGCCUGUAUAAAAGAGCCAGGUGUUUUGAUCUGAAGGGUGUUCAUUUAGAUUAUCACUCAUGUGAGUCCCUCGAGGAGAUUCUGAAAUCAGUCCAGUUCAAUCUGAUCAACCUGCAGGGGGCCGAGCUUGAGGAAAAUGGAGCUUCAUCACUGCUGGACAUGAUUUUAUACUACGAAUCAGCCACACAUCUGGACAUUUCCUCCAAUGCGAGUAUGGGUGUCUCAGGCUGGCAGGCUCUCGCACGUUUACUCAAACAGAGUGGAUGCCUGUGGAGACUGGAUGCCUGUAACAUCCCCAUGCUGGAGUACCCCGCGCAGGCCCUGUCAAAAGCCCUCCUCUCCAGCAGACUGACAGAGCUACACCUUGAAAACACCUGCCUCAGUGGCAAGCCCCUCUUCACACUCGUCGGGGCCCUGAAGAAGAACUCUGCUCUGCAGGAGCUUUACCUGUGUGACAAUGAGCUCAACAGCUACCAGGAUGCCAUGCAGUUAGGAGAACUGCUUAAAUACAAUCACACCCUGAAAACUCUGAACCUCAGCAAUAACACCAUAUCUGACACAGGGCUGGAGGAACUUUGUGACGGUCUGAGGGUUCAGCAGUCUGGUCUGAGAACAUUAGUGCUGUCUAAUAACCAAAUUACUCACCACGGCAUGACUCAUCUAAAACGCGUUCUGCCCUACUUGAGAACACUGGAAACAUUGGAUCUUGGCAGGAACAAUCUGGAGAACCAAGGGAUCCACAUACUGAAGGAGUCACUCAUGAUGAAUCGCUCCAUAACCCAGCUCAGUCUGGCAUCAGUCGGAAUAACAUGUGAAGGUGCGGUUGUGUUGGCUGAGAUUCUGGCUGAAAGUCGUGUGCUCCUAUCUCUGGAUGUAAGGGAGAACCGAAUUCUCACUGGAGGUCUAAUGGCGUUGGCUUUGGCCCUGAGGAUCAACCACUCUGUUCUCCAAUUAGACCUGGACCAAAACCCCAAAGAGGAGAAGGACGAGUUCCUGAUCGAAAUCCAGAAGACCCUCCUGAGCCGGAUCUCUGAGCUGUGUGUGGCGAACGCGACGGCAGCCUCCUCGGCUUCUGUUUCUCCACGUGACGAAGAGGAGACGACGGCUCCCCUCCCUUCGGCCCCCGGCGCCGCCACCCAAACAGCUGACUAG